ACAUAUAAAGGAGGGGUUCUGCUGCUGAAGACACAUUCUCUUUGAGUCUAGAUUCGAGAAAACAAAUCAGCAAAAUGAGUGGCCGCGGUAAAACCGGAGGAAAAGCCAGAGCUAAGGCCAAGACCCGCUCUUCCCGUGCAGGACUCCAGUUCCCUGUGGGCCGUGUUCACAGGCUGCUGCGUAAAGGCAACUAUGCGGAGCGUGUUGGUGCCGGCGCCCCCGUCUACCUGGCGGCUGUGCUGGAGUACCUGACUGCUGAGAUCCUGGAGUUGGCUGGAAACGCUGCCCGCGACAACAAGAAGACCCGUAUCAUCCCCCGUCACCUGCAGCUGGCUGUCCGCAACGACGAGGAGCUCAACAAGCUGCUUGGAGGAGUCACCAUCGCUCAGGGCGGCGUGCUGCCCAACAUCCAGGCCGUUCUUCUGCCUAAGAAGACCGAGAAGCCCGCCAAGAAGUAAACCAUUGCUGCGUUUACAAAACCAAACGGCUCUUUUAAGAGCCACACACUACGUCAAGAAAGGGCUUUAUUACUCCUUCAGAGUUGAGUUGCGUAUAGGGGAAAAAAAUACAGUGUUUUCUGCAUUUGUAUGUGGCAGAUAAAUUUACCGAAGCUAUAUUCCUAGUGGUAUUACAACGGACACUUUAACAGCUUUACAUCAACAUUUAUUCUCAUUACUAAUCUCAAUUACUGCUUCUGUACGUUUUAUAUUCAAAUGACCAUAUUUCGUAAACGAU